CCCGCCCUCCGCGCGCCUCCCCCGCGCCCCGCGAGCCCUGGAGGAGGAAACCGGAGCCGCGCGCAGACGCCACCGAGGCCGCUGCCGAGCCUGUUGCUGCCGCGGGGUCGCCGGGCCGAGCUGGACGCCAAGUCCAGGGGUGCUCCCUGGUGCCCCGUCGCCCCUCGGCGCCUCCCAAGCACCUGCGCACCCCGGGCCGUGCUCCCCCCGAGUUCUGAUCGCGCCGUCCGCGCAGGAAUCCUCACCAGGAACAAAGAGAUCCCAUUUCUGCAAGCAAGCAGCACCUGUGCUCAGGCUAUAAUUCCAAGAUGGAGCCUAUAACAUUCACGGCCCGGAGACAUGCAUUCCCCACCGAGCCUUCGGUGGACUUUGGCCUCCAGCUGGUGGGCUCACUGCCCGUGCACCCCCUCACCACCAUGCCCAUGCUGCCCUGGGUGGUGGCCGAGGUACGAAGACUUAGUGCCUCCAUGAAAGAGCCCUCCACCAAGCAAGUCCGGCUGAGUGUUGCCCCCUCUGGCCUCAAGUGUGAAUCAGAGCCUGGGAAAAGUCAGCAAUGGGACCCACUCAUCUGUUCUAGCAUCUUCGAGUGCAAACCACAGCAUGUUCACAAAUUGAUUCACAACAGUCACGACCCCAGUUACUUCGCUUGUCUGAUUAAGGACAAUGCGGCCAGCCGGCAGAGUAUCUGCUACGUGUUCAAAGCCGAUGAUCAAACCAAAGUGCCUGAGAUCAUCAGUUCCAUUCGGCAAGCGGGAAAGAUUGCCCGCCAAGAGGAACUCCACUGCCCAUCUGAGUUCGACGACACAUUCGCCAAGAAAUUUGAGGUGCUCUUCUGCGGUCGAGUGACUGUGGCACACAAGAAGGCCCCGCCUGCUCUGAUCGAUGAGUGCAUUGAAAAGUUCAACCAUGUCAGCAGUGGCCGCAAGGCUGAACUGGACCUGGCCUCCCAGAACCCUGACACCACAGGUCCGGUGGUGGGGGGAUUCUCCUUGGCUGACAAGUUCCGUUCGGUGCUCCAGCCUGUGGCAAAUGGGGAUCAGGGUCAGAGGCCCAUCCGCAAGUCUUUCUCUCAGCCCGGCCUGCGCUCUCUAGCCUUCAGGAAGGAAUUUCAAGAUGGAAGCCUUCGCAGUCAUAGUUUCUUCAGCUCCUUUGAGGAAAACGACAUUGAGAACCACCUCAUCAGUGGACACAAUAGUGUGCAGCCCACAGAUAUGGAGGAGAAUCGAACUAUGCUCUUCACGAUCGGCCAGUCUGAAGUUUACCUCAUCAGCCCAGAUACCAAAAGAGUUGCACUGGAGAAGAAUUUUAAGGAGAUAUCCUUUUGUUCUCAGGGCAUCAGACAUGUGGACCACUUUGGGUUUAUCUGCCGAGAGUCUUCUGGAGGUGGCGGCUUUCCCUUUGUCUGUUAUGUGUUCCAGUGUGCCAGUGAAGCUCUGGUGGACGAGAUCAUGAUGACACUGAAGCAGGCCUUCACUGUGGCCGCGGUGCAGCAGACAGCCCGGGCUCCUGCGCAGUUGUGUGAAACCUGCCCCCUGCAGGCCCUGCACAAGCUCUGCGAGCGCAUUGAGGGGAUGAAUGCUUCUAAAACCAAACUCGAGCUUCAGAAGCACCUGACCACACUCAAUAACCAGGAGCAAGCAACUAUCUUUGAAGAGGUUCAGAAAUUGAGGCCAAGGAAUGAGCAGCGAGAGAAUGAGCUGAUUAUUUCUUUCCUGAGAUGUUUAUAUGACGAGAAACAGAAAGUUCACGUCCACAUCGGGGAACUGAAGCAGGCAUCCCGAAUGGCCAUGGAGAAUACAGGCCAUGAACUGCCUUCGAGCGCCACACGGUUCAGGCUGGAUAUGCUGAAAAACAAAGCAAAGAGAUCCUUAACAGAAUCUUUAGAAAGCAUUCUAUCUCGGGGGAACAAAGCCAGAGGCCUGCAGGAACAACCAGCCAGCCGGGACCUGGAAAACUCCUCAUUCAAUGCAUCGAGCAGUACCAGCAGGGAACAGUGGGACAAGGAGCCCCUGACGGCCUCUGAGAGCUCUUUCCGCCUCCUGGGGUCCUCGGAUGACCUGUCAAGUGACUCAGAGAGCAUCUCUGCGGAUGAGCCCGCCCCGAUGUCACCUCAGCAGGCCUUCCGGAGACGCGCCAACACCCUGACCCACAUCCCCGUGGAUGGCCAGGGCUCUCCUGAACCGGGCCCCAAAUCCCCCGAUGUCUCGCAGAGAAAACUCAUGCGCUACCACUCGGUGAGCACAGAGACGCCCCACGAGCGCAGUGUGAAUCCUCCACCCCUGGUCGAGACUCAGAAUUGCUCAGGUCAGCCUUCAGCUCCUGCUCCUCCAUCUCAUCUUAACCCUUCUGCCUCCUCGCCCAACUUUUUUAAGUACCUAAAACACCCAUCCAGUGGAGAAGCCAGUGGGAAUGCGGUGCCCAAAAGCAUCUCCUACCGUAAUGCCCUACGGAAAAAACUUCAUUCUUCUUCCUCUGUGCCAAAUUUUCUAAAAUUUCUGGCUCCUGUAGAUGAAAAUAACACCUCUGACUUUAUGAACCCCCAAAGAGACUUUGAUUCCAAAUCCAGCCAACCGGGCGACACCAACGGGACCCCUGUGAGGACACGGAGGCCUUCAUGGAGGCAGCAGAUCUUCCUGCGUGUGGCCACCCCGCAGAAAGCCAGCGAGUCUCCAGGCCGGUACGAAGACUACUCAGAGUUGGGUGAACUCCCCCCACGGUCUCCGCUAGAGCCAGUGCGUGAAGAUGGACCCUUCAGGCCUGUCCCGGAGGAGAAGAGGAGGACGUCGCGUGAGCUCCGAGAGCUGUGGCAGAAGGCAAUUAUGCAGCAGAUCCUGCUCCUGCGGAUGGAAAAGGAGAAUCAGAAGCUGCAAGCUUCUGAAAAUGACUUGUUGAACAAACGCUUAAAGCUCGACUAUGAAGAAAUCACCCCCUGCCUCAAAGAAGUGACGUGUGUGUGGGAGAAAAUGCUGAGCACACCAGGAAGAUCGAAAAUUAAAUUUGACAUGGAAAAAAUACAUUCAGCGGUUGGGCAAGGUGUGCCCCGCCAUCACCGAGGGGAGAUCUGGAAGUUCCUGGCCGAGCAGUACCACCUGAAACACCAGUUCCCCAGUAAGCCGCAGCCCAAGGACACGCCAUACAAGGAGCUGUUGAAGCAGCUCACCUCGCAGCAGCAUGCCAUCCUCAUCGACCUGGGCAGGACCUUCCCCACACACCCCUACUUCUCUGCCCAGCUUGGAGCAGGCCAGCUGUCUCUCUACAACAUCCUGAAGGCCUACUCGCUCCUGGACCAGGAAGUUGGCUAUUGCCAAGGACUCAGCUUUGUAGCUGGCAUCUUAUUGCUGCACAUGGGCGAGGAAGAGGCCUUCCACAUGCUCAAGUUUCUGAUGUUCGACAUGGGCCUGCGGAAGCAAUACCGGCCCGACAUGAUCAUCCUGCAGAUCCAGAUGUACCAGCUCUCUCGGCUCCUGCAUGACUACCACCGGGACCUGCACAGCCACCUGGAAGAGCAGGAGAUCGGGCCCAGCCUCUACGCAGCGCCCUGGUUCCUCACUGUGUUCGCCUCUCAGUUCCCCUUGGGCUUCGUGGCUCGGGUAUUUGACAUGAUCUUUCUCCAGGGAACAGAGGUCAUAUUUAAGGUGGCUUUAAGUCUCUUAGGAAGCCACAAGCCCUUGAUUCUACAGCAUGAAAACCUGGAAACCAUAGUGGAUUUCAUUAAAAACACACUCCCCAACCUGGGCUUGGUCCAAAUGGAAAAGACCAUCAAUCAGGUGUUUGAAAUGGACGUCUCCAAACAGUUACAAGCCUAUGAGGUUGAGUACCAUGUACUUCAGGAAGAGCUGAUGGAUUCCUCCCCUCUCAGUGACAACCAAAGAAUGGACAAGUUGGAAAAAGCCAACAGCAGCUUGCGCAAGCAGAAUCUGGAUCUCCUAGAGCAGCUGCAGAUAGCCAAUGGAAGGAUCCAGAGCUUGGAAGCCACGAUGGAGAAGCUGCUGGCAAGCGAGAGCAAACUGAAGCAGGCGGCACUGACGCUGGAGCUGGAGCGCGAGGCCCUGCUGAGGACAGUGGAGCAGCUGCGGGGACAGGCAGGGGACUGAGUGGCAAUGCUCCUCAACCCCACAGCUGAGCCGCAAAGAAGACAGGCCACGGCCCAUUCGUCCCGAACUUCACAGAGGGCGAGCGACAGCACAGCGCAGAGAGCCAUCUCAGGAAGGAGUUUGACCUGCUGGUGCCUCCAUCCUUCUGAGGCCAAACUGGGAGGCUCAGAGAAGGGGAGGCGACUCCCCCUUCUUCCCCAUAUGCGCCAUUAGUUUCUGAUCCUCAUCCUUGGUAGAUUUAGGUGGCAUAGACAGGAGGAAUUGUACUUUUCCUUUUCCCUGCCACGCAAGGAACAUUUGGGGUCCCCAGUGUGGGGACAGAGCUGCUGGCAGAGGUGAGGGGCAUCCUCCCUUCUGAGCAGAGUGCUAAGGAAUCCUCACCCUCUUGGACAUCACUGGCAGACUCUGGGGC